AAGAGGGUGAAGACACAUCAGGAAGUCGUCACGUCGACUCUCCACAGUUUUCACUGAUUCGAUUUCGGAUUCCGAGACUUUUUACUUUAUAACCCGGUUUACUUGUUAACAAUUCGCCAAAAUGCCGCGCUCAUUGAUGGUACGGAAACAUGGAAAGUGCAAACGGAAAAGAGUGAAAGUGACAAUAUCGGAUAAUAAAACCUGGUCAGAGCGAUUAGAGAAUGAAACGGACAGCGGUUUCUUGAGUCUGUCAGAGUCGGCUGACCUCAGCCUGCCCAUUGCCGCUGUGACCGGGAGUGGAGGGGCGAACACCUCUGACAUCUGCCGGGCGGAAAGGGCAGGUGAAAGCCCUGAGCCCCGGGAGAACACCCCAGAACGCAGCACCCAGAACGACCGCAAACAACCAACGAACAUUUCUGUAUUUCCUGCCCAGAGUGCGGUGUCGCCCAUCUCCUACCCGAUCAGCUCGAGUCCACUGACACCGAACACAAAGACGAUAAGAUUCGCACACAGCACGCCGUACAGCCGUCCCCCGGGCUACCCCAACCCACUACCCCUGUGUGUGAGAACCGAGGCCACACCAGCAUCGCCACUCUUCAACUUCACUCGGACCUCGCCCAAAAUACACUCGCCACAGUUCGAUGCGGAGAACGUCAAACCUUACAUUGAGCCGAUAUCGCCGCCCCUCCCCGCAUGUCCCCCUAUAUCUCAUCAUUUCCCAGCGUUCAGGCCUCUCCCGCCACACCUGUACAACCCUUUAGGGUCACCAUUCCUGCCCACGAGUCGAGCAUACAGAACGGAGUUCCUGCCAACGUCGUUACAGCAUCAGCUCAGCCCAUCCCAUUCAGCCACCACAACAUUGUCUCCUCGACCCUCGGGCCUUCAGCCGCCUCGGGAGUUCUCGGCCACGGCAAAUACACGCCAUAAAUCACCGGCCACACUACCCAAACUCAAGGCGGAAACACCAACCGUCCCUUCACCCGUACUGCAACAGACACCAGGUUUGGCGAAAUACGAACUGAUCAACGGGGGAUUUGGGAUCAAAAACCCACUUCUGAACCACGCAAAGUCUGCCAUUGAGGCCACGGCCACUGAAAUGGGUGUUCAAACAGCCGAUAACCAAUUCGUGUGCACCGUAUGUAACAAGGUGUUUCAACUCCAGCGAUUGCUUAAUCGCCAUGUCAAAUGUCACAGUGAAAUCAAACGCUACCUGUGUACAUUCUGCGGCAAAGGAUUUAAUGACACGUUUGACCUGAAGCGACAUACCAGAACACACACCGGUGUCCGGCCGUAUAAAUGUGAAUUAUGUGACAAAGCCUUUACACAGAGAUGUUCGUUGGAGUCCCAUUGCCGAAAAGUUCACGGCGUCAACUACGAAUUCGCGUACAAACAAAGGAGAGCAAAGAUGUACGUAUGUGAAGACUGCGGACACACCACUGAUGAUCCAGGCAGUCAUUACGUCCAUCUUAAAGAUAACCACCCACACAGUCCAGCGCUCCUAAAAUGUUACGACAAACGCCAGUUCAAGUUUAACAACAACAGCAGCAGCAGCAGCAGCAGCAGCAACACCCACUCUCCGUCUGUGCUACAGCCCGUCAAUAUUCGAUAG